GCUGAGGCCUCUGCUUGAAUCAUACAAUGAUUACAGCUCGUCCUCUGCUGGAGGACGGAGGGAAGUGCACAGGUGCUGCUCUUAUUAUGAUCACCUGACACGAGUUUGUUUCCCGUUUUCUUUCUCCCUUGAAUUUGCAGCGGCUGCAAAGCAAAGCCGAGGUAAGCUGCUGCGUUUCACCAAUGCUGCUGUUUCACGGUCCUCCAGGCUUCUUCAACACCGAGCGGAAACUCAAAGGCUGCAGCUCCUGAAUGACUCCGGCCGUGAGCUCUCUGUGUGUGUGUGUGUGUGUGUAGACAUGGGGAGGCAUUUCCACAGCGAGGUCGACAUUAACAGUCCAUGGCAUCAGGUGCUGGCCGCCUUCUGGCAGCGCUACCCUAACCCAUACAGCGCCCACGUCCUCACAGAGGACGUCCUGUACCGCGAGGUCACCCCCAGCAACCACCUGUUAUCACGGCGACUGCUGACCAAGACAAACCGGCUGCCGGGCUGGGCGGAGCGCGUGUUCCCCGCUCACAUGGCCCGGGCCGUCUACGUGCUGGAGGACUCCAUCGUGGACCCGCAGACGCACACGUUCACCACCAAGACCUGGAACCUGAACCACAACACGCUGAUGACGGUGGUGGAGCGCUGUGUGUUUGAGGAGGACGGCAGUCGGCCAUCUUGGACCAAACUCAGGAGGGAGGCCUGGAUCCUUUCGGCCGUCUGCGGCCUGGCCCGGCCAUAC